GCCACAAGAAAGAAGGUAAGCAGAGAAAGGAAAAGGUUUGAUUCAGGCUCUCACUGCCUUCUAAUCAAACAACAAGCAGCGGUGAAUGUAGAUUUUUAAUCCUCAUCUUUCUUACUCAGUGAGCGACAAAAGCUUUUUCAUUUCAAGACUCUUUCCUCUCUGAGAAGACAUAAAACUGAAAGCAGUAGCGAUGGCGCCCUCUCUCCUCCAGGCCUACAGGAGGCGCUGGUGGAUGGCGGUGACGGCGGUGAUUGAAAACCUGCUGUGUUCGGCUGUGCUACUGGGCUGGGGCUCCCUGCUCAUCAUGCUGAAAAGGGAAGGCUUCUACUCCCACCUGUGUACAGUGAACGAGUCCGUGGUCGUGUCUUUGGGAAACUCCUCUGGCAGUGAGGUGGAGGAGUGGCUCAGCUGUGUGGACCAGGAGGAGAUGCUGAAUCUGGGCUUCACCAUCGGCUCCUUCUUGCUCAGCGCCACCACCCUUCCCCUUGGUAUCCUGAUGGACAAGUUUGGGCCACGCCCAAUUCGCCUGGUGGGCAGUUCGUGUUUCGGUCUGUCCUGUGGUAUGAUGGCCGCGUCUGCCUAUGACCCUCAUGUUCUGUCACCGCUCAUUUUCUUGGCUCUCUCCCUGAACGGCUUUGGAGGCAUCUGCCUGACCUUCACCUCUCUCACGCUCCCCAACAUGUUUGGUGCUCUGAGCUCCACAGUCAUGUCUCUGAUGAUUGGCUCAUACGCCUCCUCUGCUGUCACCUUCCCUGGAGUCAAGCUGAUCUACGAUGCCGGCGUGUCCUUCCAGGUGAUCAUGUGGAUGUGGGCGGGUCUUGCCGGGUUCGUCUUUUUCAACUGUUUCCUCAACUGGCCCACAGAAGGUUUCCCAACACCUGACGAGGUAGACUACAGUAAGAUCCUAACACUGCAAGAGCUGCCUUCAUUGGACCAGAAGGUUGUCGGAGAGAGACUGAGCCAGAAAAAUGGAGACGUCCGACACUCCACAGAGAAACUUCCUAAUGGACCUGAUGCUGCAUCCAACGCUGUUCCCUUCCGUCGGUCUGUGUUCUCUCCCAUCUUCCUGUGGAGUCUGGUAACAAUGGGGAUGUCCCAGUUGAGGAUCAUCUUCUUCAUGGGGGCGAUGAACAAGAUGCUGGAGUUUAUGGUCACCCAUGGUGAAGAGCAUCCAUCUGAGCAGCUGGUGAUUGAGGCAGAAGACAAAGUGAGUUUCUACUCGUCCAUCUUCGGCACGCUGCAGCUGCUGUGCUUGGCCACAUGUCCUCUGAUUGGAUACAUCAUGGACUGGAAGAUGAAGGAGUGUAAAGAGGAGAAGACCGUCCCCCCAGCCACAGAGCAGAGACAGACCAGUGGACCCAAGAGAGACAAUAAGAUCCAGAAAGUGACCAACGCCAUGAGAGCCUUCAUUCUCACCAACAUGCUGCUGCUUGCUUUCGGAUUGUGCUGCAUAAUAGACAAUCUGCCUCUACAGAUCGUGACCUUCAUCCUCCACACUAUGGUCCGAGGCUUCAUCCACUCCUGCUGUGGAGGCCUUUAUGCUGCUGUCUACCCGUCCAACCACUUUGGCACCCUGACAGGCCUCCAGUCCAUGAUCAGCGCUGUGAUCGCUCUACUGCAGCAGCCGCUCUUCAUCGCCAUGGUGGGACCACUGAAAGGAGACCCCUACUGGAUCAACCUCGGCCUGCUGAUCCUCUCAUUGGCUGGCUUCCUGUUGCCGGGUUACCUGUUCUACCACCGCAGACACCUGCUGAGGGAAAAGGAGGCCAGAGACAAGUGGGCCGCUGAACAGGAGACGCAGGCGCUCAACCAUGAGGCCAACGGCUACAAACCUCACAGCAACGGCCUCGCUGCUGUGGAGGCUUAAAGCGACACGAUCGAGCCGAGGAUUGGGGGAAGUGUAGGAUUUAUUUUUGUAUGUGCCUUCAAAAUGAGCACCAGCAGUCUACUCAUCCACAUAUAUUUUGUUUUGUAUUUCUGGUGUUUUUGUUUUUGGUCAUUGCUGGUGCACGUUUUGCUCACCACAAAUCAUAUCACAAAGCACAUACAAUCCCCCGCAUUCUUUUUUUUUAAGUUAGAUUUUAAGUUCCUUGUGAUUUGGGGAGAAGCAGUGUCAUCAUUUGUUACUGUUUAUUUAUUUUGGUUUAGGUCAAAGAGCCAAAUUAGUGUGAUUUAAAGCCAUAGAUUUCACUCACAGGCACACGCAAAGACACACGCACACAUCCUGGUAUGGCCUGUGUGUCAGACUGCGGAUAUCACGGUACUUGAAAUACUGUUAAAUAAUUUUCAAAGACAAUCAUCACAAUCCUCGCUAUCACCAAAGAACAGCUUAAAGAAGUUAGACAAGAAAGUUACACUUUCUUGUUCAGUAUUGUUUCAAAGUGUGUUUAAGGAAGCAAACUCUUAGUAUAUUCUGCUGUUUCUACUGUAAUCCCUUCAGCAAAAGUUAUAAAUAUAUAUCUAUAAAUCACUAUUAAAAGCAUACAAGCUAUCAAAGAAAUUUUAAAGCAUGUGAAAAUCUGAAUGCCAGUCUUCUGGUACGUAUAAAGAAGCUUCUGGGGCAUUUUCAGAGCCCAGUUAUUCAACACACACACACACACACACACACACACACGUACACGCACAAAUAGGCUGGUUGUAGAGACACCACAUCUACCUCCUGUUUCCUUUUUUGUACCAUCUCUCUGCAACUGACCUCUAAGUCUGUUUUUUUUCUCAUUAGGAAAUAUUAAUCCUUUAAUUGUCAAAUACCCAAAUUGAAUCAGCACAGAAUUUCUUCUUGUGCAUUCAUGUUCUUUAGAGGUAUUGCUGAGUCAGCCCUUGCAUUUCUGGAAUUUUUAUAUGUAGGAAAAGCAUUUUUAUGGAAAUUUCACAAGGAAAAAUAUGACUGAUUUUUUUAAUUCUGACACACAGCGUGUGUCAAUGUAAUGAAACACUUUGUACUGCUUUAUGCACAGAAAUUAACUAGUGUGUGUAUGAAAUAUGUAUUUAAGUGUCUUUUUAUACUCUAGCUGCAGUAGCAUUAAAAAGGGAAGCGUUUGUUUCAGCAUCAGCAAAUGCUAUUUUGUAGUGUGCUAAUUAUAAAUGAAGCUCAGAUGAUUGUAGAUGUGUAUUCUACUUUUGCCUUUUUGCUUUUUUUUAGUCAUGUAUGGAGCAAAAAAACCUCGAUGAAAAUUGUUUUUUGUAAAUAGAACUGAGGUGGAUCUUGUAUUUUAUUACAUAUUCUGCUUGCUUUACUAUAUAUGGGUGUGUACAGUAUAUUAACUGAUGGCUGAGGAGACACUGGCUGUGGUUAAUCUUGUUUGUUUUUUUUAAAUGUGAUUUUUCUGCUUGGACGCUCAAAGUCACAUUAAACAGACAUAUCUAUAAAUCUACAUAUACAUAUAUAUAUAUAUAUAUACAGGCUUCAGAUCAAAACAGAAAAAUGUACAUUCUUCCAAAGUGACAACAAAAUAGGUCUAUUCUGUACAUGUUGGUUCUGCACACCGUAACAGUAUCAUGUAGAUUUAUGGAAUCGGUUGUAAUGUAUAAUUUAAAAUUUUUUGACUCAAUCCAUUUCAGUGUCAAGACAGCUUUGGUAGAUUCUUCCUUUCUUGUCUAAUUUCUCUCCUGGUUUCUAGUUCUCCUUCGUAUAUAAAAUGUGUUGAGCUUCUUGAAUCUUUGCUCUCUCGCUUUGAAGGAGAUUUUGCGUAUGUGCCUUUGCUGCCAUCUUGGUUUUAUUGCAGUAGAUAUGAAUGUAAGAUUAAUGCCUCUGCCAAACGUCUCAAUCGUCUCUGUAAACCAAAGCCGUGUGUAGGGACUGUGAGCUAGUCGAUAGUACGGCACUUUUCCUCAGGAGAACAUAUAGGAGCUGCAGUAAACAUAAUGUUUGGUUUGUGUUGUCACAGGUGUUGAUUCAGCUUGAUGGACAUUUUUGAGGCUGUACUGUUUUUUUUGUGUGUUUUUUUAUUUGCAUAGUGUUAAGUGCAUUUCAGUUAGUGUUGGUGAAGUUUUCCAUUUUGAUAUAUCAUUACUUUCCUCUUGCCAAAGUACAGUAUUUUGUAAUGUUUGAAACCAACGUACCAGCAAUUCCAGUAACAACUAUCUGACCUCUUUGUACCGCUGUAAGUUGUUGUCAGACCUGUAUUAAAGCUGACUAAUACUACUAAAUGGCAUUCAAGUUAAUGUGACUCCCUUGUGCUUAUGCCUUUGUACUUAAAUGGUAAAUGGACUGUACUUGUAUAGCGCCUUUCUAGUCUUCCGACCAAAGCACUUCAAAAUGAGGAUUUACAAAAGCAGCCUGAAUUGUUUGUAUGUGAAGUUUAAUCAACACCUCUGAUAGUCUACAACAAAAAUAAAUAUCCUUUGCUUUAAUCUGUAUUUUAGGACUGUAUCAUCUACAGUGGCUGAUCUUCUGUCUUGUCUUGUCUACCCUUGGGGUUGAAGUGUUGGUAUGGCUUGCUAAACGUACACCUUUCUUUCCUGUCUUAAAUCAAUAUAUCCAGCUUGUGCAUUUGAUAAACAAAUAAAUGUAUGAAUGUAAA